CUAUCCGAGCCCGAACAAGAACUGCUACUAGAAUCGUCCGUCCAUUCUUCGUCUGUUACAGUGGUGGUGCUCCCGCUGCUAUUCAACGCUGCAUUGUGACCCUCCAAUAGCUUCUGAGUCUCCAUUCUCUCCUCUAACUUGUUCAUUUUAAGUAUUACAAGCACCUAAGGAUAUUUUUAGUCGAUUAUCAGUCUUGGAAUAGUUGCGAUCUGGUUGUUUCUCGUGGUUCCUAUUACAAAUUGCGCGAGGAAAGUUUAAAUUUCGUAAUAAUUGUAAACAUUAUUUUGACUUUUCGGUACAAUAACCUACAAAUAAAUUAAUAGGAAAGCGCAUGCCUUUGUGGAAACUCCGCGAUCGAUUCGAUAAUAAGGAGUGGAGUCGUAGUAUUAGUCACAUGCCGCAAGCGGCAGAAGGUAGAUAAACUGGCCAUCGUCAUGUCGAAGACAACGUUAGUUAUUUUAUUGCCGAUUUAAACUAAGUUAAUUCAGCGAGGUUUCGAAGUCGAAUCAAUUAAAAUAGCACAAAACUAUGGCGUACGCCAACGCGGCGCUGAAAACUCCGACCAUCCUAGAGCAACUUCUCGAAGAAAUCAACUUCCAGAGGACAAAAGAGAUGAGGCAACUUUUGAAGGAUGAAUCUGGAUUUGUUAUGCUACAGGGAACUACUUAUUGGACAGAUUUGUUCGUAAGGCACUUCCUGUUCCAAAACGAAUCAACUAUGGAUUGCGAUGAUUUACUGUUCUUCGUCAGGAAGAAGCAUGUGAAAGGAUCUCCGAGAUAUUUACCCAAAUUUGAGACGGAAGUGGAUGUAUUCAGAAAAGACAGCAGGAAGCUACCGAUCGGCGAUCCGGACAUCGACUGGGAGGAAACCGUUUACCUGAACCUGAUCAUCCACCAAUUCGAAUACACUUUGACCCUGGCCAUUUGCACUCGUACCAGCCCUAAGGAGCUCCAGGUGCUGAAGCGACACUCGCAGAAGGUCUACGCCUCGCCCAGUCGCCGAAGAAUGGACACCAAAGGAGAGGUCGAGGAGAUCACCUAUCCCCACAUUUGUUUCAUGGUGGACAAUUUCGACGAGGUGUUCCACGAUAUACUGGUAAGAGACGGUGAAAUGGUGUGCGUUGAAUUACUAGCGGCUGAUAGAGCUGGUAGUAUACAAGGUGUUAUUUUCCUGGGUUCAAUUCGAUACGACGCACUGAAGAGAGUUUACGAUGCAAGGCAAUCGAGCCUGAGCACGAAAGUGGCACAACGAAUGACGUUCGGCUUGUUCUCCUCGCCGACGAGCCAACGGUGCGAAUUCGUUCGAAUGAAAGGCCCCCAAGGCAAAGGCCACGCCGAAAUGGCAGUGACGAAGACCAAAGGCUCCGGCGUGGAGACGCCCACCUCGGAGCCGGGCUACUGCGCCACCGAUAUGUGGGAUUCGGAUUGGGAGGACGAUCCCGAGGACCUGUACAUAUACAGGACCCAAAGGCGGCUCAGCGAUCCCAGUUCGAAUUUGAACAACUUCAUUCGCGGCGGUUGGAAGUCCAAGUUGGACGUCAAGGCUAGAUCGGAGAGCGAAGGAUUAGAUGCUAUCGAUAACGGAGUGAGCGAAAUCGAAGCCGGAGAUUUACGAGAUGAUAAGACUGGUUCUGCUUCCGCGUCCAAUUCGACAUGCUGUGGGUGUUUUCAAAGAAGAAAUCGUGAAGCGCUGCUCGAAAUGUACAGUUUGCGGUGCAGCGAUCACCGAAAGUGCGCCGAGCGAGCUCGCCUGGGGCCCGCCGACCACGAUUGUGCCUUGGCGAACGCCAAAAUUAAGGAAACCCAUCGAAACGCUAACUACGCCGAAUGCGAGCUAGCCGACGAUGCGAUCAGUUUCGACAAGAAACGGCCGGGCGAUUGCCCGGUCGCGAAUUACGAUCACGCCAAAAAUUUGUACAUAACAGUCAGCGGGAAGGAGGAGCUUCCUUGCAUCCACGAAAUCAAGUAUUUCAUGUCAGACAAUAACAAGGAAAUGAAAAAUAUUUGUACUGAGAAACACGAUGUUGGGGCGGACAAGGAGCGCGCCGCGUCCAUCAAAACGGUCAACGGCAACGUGAAUCACUUCAACAUGAAGAGCAUUUACAGCUAUUGCACUUUGCCGAAGAGCAAGAGAAAGGAAUGUUGCCAGAAAAAUUUAGCGAGACAUAUCAUUCCACCGAAACGCAUCACUCCCGAUGGCACUCACAUUUAUUAUUGGUGCGAUUUGAACAAAAAGGAUUGUGAGUUAGAUGAUGGUGCGUAUAAUCCUUUGUGGACGAUGCGCGGUUUCACGCAAACUUUCCACUUUUGGAAAGAGAAUAAAAGAGCGCAAUCGGUUCCUUUGAAUGCGUUUUUAACGUACAUAACACUGCCGUGGUGGAGUAUAGCUAAAGAUAUAUUGGACCACAGAGAGGGGCCUAUACUAACAUUUUAAUAUUUAAAGCAUGUACUUCAACGAAACGUAUUUUAAUUAUAUUGUAAAAUUAAAAAUAAAUUGUAUAUAUUUACGAAAACUUGUUAAAUUCAAUUAUACAUAAUUAGAAUUUGUUCUAAUGGUAUAGGAGAACGUGUUACGAUGGUGAGAUGUUAAAACGAUAGAAUUGAUACCUAAUUGUGGAAACAUUUAUUAGUAAAUUAAUUAAAUCUACGUUAAUCGCGAAGUAUGAAUAUGACAAAUAGCUAAAAGUUGAAAAAAAUUAACCCAUUAACCGAUUACAUAAAAUCCUUCGUCUUAACACUAACUACAAUGCGACUGAAGUCAAUAAUAAUGCAUUUAUAAACCUAACGUAUUACAUACCUACGGUAUUUCGAAAUAAACAUUAAAGCAUUUUGAAUUACAUCAAGUAUAAAAAAAACUUAAUUAAAUUAAAAUUAAUAAAAAAACGUUGUGUUAAAAGUUUGCUUGUUAAUUGAUGAGACCCUUGGCCUUGAAGAGAUCGCGCAUUAACCCUUUCAAAUACUUAAUCUCCCGGUGCAAGUCGGUAAUUUGAUUGGUCAACUGGUUGUUCUUGUCUGCCAUACCCUGCUCAAUCAAAAGAAUCUCCAUACAUUCGGCCUUCUUCUUCAUGCGGUACCGAGUCGCAGCGUUCUUGUUCUGCUCCUUCUUACGCACCUUCUUGUCUUCGACGUUGGUCUUGGUACUCUUGGUGGAAGGCCUCGAACGUUUGCGCGACUGCUUGAUAGCAGGCGCGCCGAAUUCCUCGAUCGUUUCGGGAACCCACUCGGGAUCGUCCGACGAGCAAUCCUCGCUGGUACUACCGGGCGAUAGAGGACCGCCACAGUCGCUGCUGCUGCCGAUGCUACUGCUGCUGCUGCUGCUGCCUUGCAUAUCCUCCACGCGCGUCCUCACCAACUCGUCCACUUCGGCCAGCGCGUGAGCGAUGUCGGGAUUAACGGAACCAUAUUGAAUUUGCUCAGUUAUGGCGUAGUUUUGUUGAGGAGUAUAAACGGGUUUGAUGGUAGGUACUAUAGCGGGAUAUUGAAGAAGGGGCUCCAAGGUGGUGAGUAAAGGCUGUUGACUGGGAGGGCUCUGUGGCGGUGUUAGCGUAUCGUGGGUAAAUUCAACCGCGUCGUAUACGGUUUCAAACUCUUUGAGGAGAUAUUGCGUGUUGUUGUUGGCGUAUUCUGAUUUGAGCUCGGUGACGGAGACGGGAACGGCUCUGGCUGAAUCCACAUCUUCGAACAUCGGCAGUAUUUUUUCAUCGAGUAGAAAAGGUUCUGAAAAAAUU